UACACAGCACAGCGCUGGCUGCUUGGGCCCGCCCUUGAAUGGCCGUGAACUUGUUUUUCCACGUCAUUUGCUCUCAGAUGUACUAUCGAGCCGCGGCGACGCUAACACAGCGGCUCAGGUCCCUCCUUGUAACAAGCGAUUGUGUGUUCUUUAGAGGUGGCUGAGGGGAGGAGGGGGCCUGGCCCUAAGGAGGUGGGGAAAGGGAAACAAACCUGCCUCACAGUGAGCGUGCGUGUCCUGGGGCCAGCUCCCCCCAAAGCACAUGCCAUUUCUGUCCCUGGAAGGGGUUAAAGGCCUCCUGGAGUCAAGAACAAGCAGGUGUCCCACCGUGCCAGAGACCGCUGCCUAAACUGCUUCCAGCUUUUCCCCCCUUCUGCAAUACGUCUGUGAUCAGCCACGGGACAGAGGCGCCAGCAGCCUGCCUCUGACCGACAUCAGGUUAGCUCGCUCCCACUCGGGUACUGCGCCCAGGAUAUAAAUCCAGGCUCGAGCCCCUGCUGUGUUCCUCUCCCUGCGCACCCCGGAGUUGGGGCGGGGGGAAGGAGUUUCCUUCCAAAGACCUUUCUUUUAUGUGAAGUCUCACAGCCCAGCAGGCUGCACUUGGUGGAGGCAGUCACAGCAGCCGAAGCCAGCCAGCAGCCUCUGCAAGGAGACUUGCUGGGGUGAAGAGGGCAGGUGUUGCCAGCCCUGGAGAAGAAGGGCCCUGGUGGGCCUCAGCCCUUGGUGUCAGCACAGGGAAGCCCUCUGGCCACUGCAGACGGCACCAUGUGGGCCCCGGGGUGUAAUCGGUUCUGGUUUCACUGGGGGCUGCUGUUGCUGCUGCUCCUGGGGGCACCCCUUCGAGGCCUAACACUGCCACCCAUCCGAUAUUCCCAUGCGGGCAUCUGCCCCAACGACAUGAACCCCAACCUUUGGGUGGAUGCCCAGAGCACCUGCAAGCGAGAGUGUGAAACCGACCAGGAAUGUGAGACCUAUGAGAAGUGCUGCCCCAAUGUGUGUGGGACCAAGAGCUGUGUGGCAGCCCGAUACAUGGAUGUGAAAGGGAAGAAGGGCCCUGUGGGCAUGCCCAAGGAGGCCACGUGUGACCACUUCAUGUGCCUACAGCAGGGCUCUGAGUGUGACAUCUGGGAUGGACAGCCUGUGUGUAAGUGCAAAGACCGCUGUGAGAAGGAGCCCAGCUUCACCUGUGCCUCUGACGGCCUCACCUAUUACAACCGCUGCUACAUGGAUGCCGAAGCCUGCUCCAAGGGCAUCUCCCUGGCUGUGGUCACCUGCCGCUAUCAUUUUACCUGGCCCAACACUAGCCCGCCACCGCCCGAGACCACCGUGCAUCCUACCACGGCCUCUCCGGAGACUCUGGGGUUGGACUUGGCAGCCCCGGCCCUGCUCAACCAUCCUGUCCAUCAGUCAGUCACCGUGGGUGAGACCGUGAGUUUCCUCUGUGAUGUGGUAGGCCGGCCCCGGCCCGAGCUCACUUGGGAGAAACAACUGGAAGAUCGAGAGAAUGUGGUCAUGAGGCCCAACCAUGUACGUGGUAACGUGGUGGUCACCAACAUUGCCCAGCUGGUCAUCUACAAUGCCCAGCCCCAAGAUGCUGGCAUAUACACUUGUACAGCCCAGAAUGCUGCUGGAGUCCUCAGGGCUGACUUCCCAUUGUCAGUUGUCAGGGGAGGUCAGGCAAGGGUCACCUCAGAGAGCAAUCUCAAUGGCACGGCCUUCCCAGCUACUGAGUGCCUGAAGCCCCCAGACAGUGAGGACUGUGGAGAGGAGCAGACACGCUGGCACUUCGAUGCCCAGGCUAACAAUUGCCUCACUUUUACCUUUGGCCACUGUCAUCGCAAUCUCAACCACUUUGAGACCUAUGAGGCUUGCAUGCUGGCUUGUAUGAGUGAGCCACUGGCCACAUGCAGCCUGCCUGCCCUGCAGGGGCCCUGCAAAGCCUAUGUGCCACGCUGGGCCUACAACAGCCAGACAGGCUUAUGCCAGUCCUUCAUCUACGGAGGCUGUGAGGGCAAUGGCAACAACUUUGAAAGCCGAGAGGCCUGUGAGGAGUCAUGUCCCUUCCCACGGGGCAACCAGCACUGUCCAGCCUGCAAGCCACGGCAGAAACUUGUCACCAGCUUCUGUCGAAGUGACUUUGUCAUCCUGGGCAGGGUCUCUGAGCUGACUGAGGAGCCUGACUCAGGCCGUGCUCUGGUGACAGUGGAUGAGGUCCUAAAAGAUGAGAAGAUGGGCCUCAAGUUCCUGGGCCGGGAGCCUCUGGAAGUCACUCUGCUUCAGGUGGACUGGGCCUGCCCUUGCCCCAAUGUGACAGUGGGCGAGACACCGCUCAUUAUCAUGGGGGAGGUGGAGGGUGGCAUGGCCAUGCUAAGACCUGACAGUUUCGUGGGCGCAUCGAGCACACGGCGGGUCAGGAAGCUUCGUGAGGUCAUGCACAAGAAAACCUGCGAUGUCCUCAAGGACUUCCUGGGCUUGCGCUGAAGCUGGCCCAUCUACCCUGACCCUCCUCCACCCACCCACCCCCCUGCCCUCAGUCAGCCAACUGGGCAAGAUCAGAUUAGGCAGCCUCAGCCAGUGGAGAGGCAUCAGCUAACAUGUGGGAAGAAAGUCACCAUAGGUCUGAAAACAAUCUCUUGUCUUUG